GUACUAUUGAUAUAUCCGCAUUUAAUCAAUAUGCAAAUAGAGAUUAUUGGAUUCCUUCUAUAAUAUUUUUUAAGGUUGGUGAUAGGCUCCCUUCGGUGGAUUUGUUUGAAGGUUCACCGAGAAACAAAAUAAAUAUCCGCGAGCUUACGGCCGGGCAGAAAGUUAUUAUUUUCGGCGUACCAGGAGCUUUUACGCCUUUUACUUGUUCUACGGUAGCAUAUAAUUGUAAGUAUGGGAUACGGGAAUAUACUUAUUUUUGUUUACUCCUUUUUCUAGAUUCAUUUGCCUGGUUUUGUUGGGCCUGCAAAGGAACUGAAGAAGGCAUUAUAUGUCCAUGACAUAAUUUGCGUUUCAGUUAACGAUCCUUUCGUUAUGUCGGCUUGGGGUAAACGACAUGGUGCAGAUGGCCGUGUACGCAUGUUGGCAGAUCCUUCCGGCGAAUUCGUUAAAGCCAUGGGACUAGCCAUAAAUUUGCCGGCAUUGGGUGGCUUACGUGCAAAACGCUUUUCGAUGAUUGUUGUGGAUACGAUAGUCGCGGAUAUGAACCUUGAACCUGCCGACAUUGGGCUUGGUUCUUCCUUAGCUCAAAAUUACAUGAAUAAUUAAAAAGAUUGAAUAAUUUACAAAUCUUAAAAUGGUCUGUCCACCCUGUCCGACUUUUUGACGUAAUUCUUUUGAUUCCCAUAUACUACUGACAAGUUACUACUGCCCGUCAAUUUAUUUCAAUUAGUGGGAGUCAAGAUGUGGUUUGUAGACAAAUUGAUCAAUUCCAACAUAUGAUACAACUGUCUUAACCUUAACUUUGUUGCGUGGAUAUUAGGCCAUUUUCAUUGCCAUGGUGUCUUGUUGUGGGUUGACAUUAGAAUAAUUUUAGCUGUUAAACAAAUAAUCUAAAUAGUCUUCCAUCUGUUUCGCUUUCUUUUUGGUGCAUUGUUUAAGUGAUAUAUGGAAUACAAUCGCAAUAACCGCGUGCUAUAGCACGUUUGUAUUUUUUAC